CACUCCUCCAGGGCUCUCAUACGACCACGGCCGCCGAAUGCCCGCCUCCGCCGGUGUGUUGCUAUUGAUGCUGCGGGCGUUUUCUUCCUGUGUGUUGAUGUGUGUGCUGUACGGCAGUCACUCUACUGAGUGUGUAGGCUGGACUCUGAUCGCCCGCCCAGCGCUGUGCUGUUGUCACUGCUCCAAUGUUGCUUCCACGACCUCAGAACAUUGGACACACACAGCUGCGCACGCACCUGCAUACCACCACCAGCACUUGCCUCGCCUCCUCCUGUACCUGCCUGCACCUUCCGCAUUGCCCGCCUUGUUUUUAGAGUCAUUACCUGUGAAAGCGUACGGAAAAAGUCGCGCAACCUUGACCGCGGCGGAGCGCAAGCAUCCAGUCGGCUCCAGGGUUGGCAAGCACGAAUUCCAAACGGACGGCACAUCGAAGCAAGGGCAGCUGGGCACUGCCGGGCACUGUGCUUUUUAUUUCAUGGACAUUCUCGGAGCUAUCGGAUUCUUGGUUUUACUGGAGCUCCUCCUUCUGUUCGUGCGCCACGCACGAUAUUUGCGCUUCCGCUCGAGAUUGUCAUUCAGUACAACAUUCCACUCAUCGCGUUGA